AUGGGAUCCGCCCCCUCGGCUCCCUUUUUCUGGGUAGUCCUCUGGUUAUCUUCCCUGCACCUCGGCGCCUCCUUCUACUACGGCUUCCAAGAGGCAAAAAGAGUAGGCCAUCACAUCUACCCCCGCUUCUUAGAGGUACAUCGGGAAUGCGCCUCCAUCCUUUCCUCGGUGAAGCUGGACGUGUCUAAAGCCGAUGAUAUUCCCACUGAGAUGAACCUCAAUGGAGAAUGGGCACAAAACUCCAGUGACGCGCCUUUGAUGCCAGUAUACAUGGGCUCCCACUACAAUUCUUCCGGGUUCCCCUCUACUCGAUUCCGAGCGAUUUUCAGUGCGGUGGUGGAUGUCGACGGAGGGGGACGAUCCCCAACCGCCAUGAAUCUGAGCGGCACCCUGACUCUGAACAUCUUAAGAGAUGAAAAUUGGGGACAGCGAAACAACCAAACUAAUGAAAGGCAUUCCAAACUCGAGAUUGCCUUCGAAGGUUUGUAUUUCGAGUCAAAGGAGGAUGGUGGAGAGCGUGUGAUGUGCCUGCUGGGGUCUGCCAAUCUCCCUCUUCGUGGGGAUGAUCCCGCUGAUCCGUGGAACUUGAAAAAUGAUUCAGACACCAGAGUGGAUCGGAUUCACCCUCCGAAAGAUGAAAAAAUCAAGCUUGUUGUUCGCGUUCCCAUGUCAUCUAACUUGACCAGAAGAGAAAUCAAGGGGGAUAUGAUGAGUCUUCACAACAAGUCAACCCCUGGAUACUUCAGCAAGGUGCAGGUUGCUUUCCGUUUGGCUGAUUACUCAAUGAGGGCGUACAAAUUCGAAUCCGGAAAUAUCACCGCCAAAGCCUGCAGUCCCUACCCUCAUCCGCACAAGUGGCUGGAUGAUCACAUAAAGGUCUACAAGGGACCAGAUUUCUGUAACAUUCUGCAUCAGCUUGAAUCCUACCAAUCAUUCACAAUGUUGCCAAACUGGAUAUGCGACUCAACAAAUGAAGACUACAGGAAGAUGUGGCCAUUUCAAUCGAAGGACUUCAAUGGGACCCAUUGGAGCUUUGGCCAUGUCGGGUUCGUCAUGUCUGAGAUUCAAUGCAAGUUGGAGGGCGGCCCCAACGGCAGUGAUUUCUUUGCAAGGGCGGCUUCUCUGUUCAAGGAGGUUCUUCCAUGGGAGCUCGAUUCUGAAGCUGCCCACAGGACGAGUCUCUCUCGUCCGAUCGUUUCGUCAGAGGGGUUUUGGAACUCCUCCAGCGGGCAGCUCUGCAUGGUGGCUUGCGCCGGAGCAGAUCCCUCACGGUGCAACCUCCGCAUCUGCCUGUACGUGCCGACGUCUUUCUCCAUCACCCAGAGAAGCACCGUCAUCGGGAGCAUCUCCAGCAUCAGCAAGAGUGGGGAUCCUUCCAAUUUCUCUUUCUCGUUCGGACGGGCCAUAGGCGCCUAUGGCCUGGGCACUGUGUCCCGUGCAUCCGAGUCAUCGUACGAGUACACAAUGACGAAGCAAGCCACUAAUUUUCUCGGUAGAGACGGGACCACCGGCCGCGGUGGUGGUAUUAAAAAAGCUCUGCUCAAGUAUCCAAGGAUGAACGAAGGCGUUGACCUCUGCCGUGAUCUCAUGCUCUCCGUCUCUGCGUUCCCCGUCCAGGGGUCAGGUAGUCGUUCAGCAAGGGAAUUUGUUAUAUUUAAAAUAUUUACUCUGGGCUCGAAGUUUUGCGACUAUGAUCUCUAUCAGCCGUCAGGAAACUCGCCUGACAAACCUGCUCAAGCUGCCGCAUCAACUCUGAAUGUCUCAGCAGAGCUCGAGAUCACCAGGAAUCCUCGCAAUAAGUCCCUGGUGCUGUCCCUGGAGGGUCUGUACAGCCAGGCGACCGGAAAGAUGUACCUGGUCGGCUGCAGAGUUGCCCCUGUUCCGAGGAAAACAGUAUGUAACAUCACUGACUGGCAACAUCUGGAUUGUGAGAUUAAGGUUGAGAUCCAGUAUCCACCCACGACUCUCCGAGGGCUGACUAUGCCAACAGCCACAGUCUCGAUAGAAAGCAACCGACCUAAAGACAAAGAUCCCCUCUACUUCGAUCCAGUCAAACUACAGACAUCCGCAAUCAUGUACAGAAGUCAAAGUGAGGAGAUACUCUCCGACAGACAAGUGGAAGUGGUCCUCCGGAUUUCAACACUGUCAAUAGUCGCGGCUUGCAUACUGAGCCAGCUGCUUUAUGUCAAGCAAACAAGUGCCGAUGCCCCCUACGUAUCUCAUGUCAUGCUGGGCAUCCAAGCUCUUGGGUAUGGUCUUCCAUUGAUCACAGGGGCAGAUGCUCUCUUCACAACGCUAUCGCAAAGACACCAUGCGUCAUCAUAUCAAUACGAUCUCCAACGUGACGGGUCAUUCCAAAUUGCGGACUUUAUUGUGAAGUCCCUUGUACUGACGGCAUUUCUUCUCACUCUAAGGCUCUGGCAGAAAGUGUGGGAGUCGCGCAUCCGGUUACCAACAGGGGUGCCAAGUGAUAAGCGGGUGCUCGUGGUAUGCUUGAUCCUUCAUGCGGUUGGAUUUCUGGUCAUCCUUCUCACAAAUCCAAAUACCCAUCUUCAUGAGCCUACUGGAACAGACAUUUAUAAUAGUUCCCAAAGUCCGAGUCAUGGGAUUAAACAUUGGGGAGCCCGAUUGGAGCAGUAUGCAGGUCUGAUGCAAGAUUUCUUCCUACUUCCUCAGGUCGUCGGAAACAUAAUAUGGCAGAUCAAGUGCAGACCUCUGAGAAAAGGCUACUACCUGGGCAUAACCUUGAUUAGGCUUCUUCCCCAUGCUUACGACUACGCUAGAGCUCCGCUGAUGAACGCCUACUUUGACCAAGGGUAUGAGUUUGUGGACCCUGAUUUGGGAUUCUACUCCAGAACAGGGGAUGUUUUCAUACCAUUAGUUGGAGUUUUACUGGCAGUCGUGGUCUAUUUCCAGCAGAGAUGCGGCAGCCGUGGGGGAGCCAAAUGGAUGUCGUGGUUGGGCCUUGGUAGGCUUUGGUCUCCGGCGUCGGGAGGCUACGACAGGGUAGCCGCGGUGCCAUAG